UACGUGCGCAGUAAACGCGUCAGUCUGACUGUCUGACAUCGAGUCGCAAUUAGUUGGUAAACUGAUCAACGUCAAGCUCGCGUGCGAGUAAAAUCGAGUGCGGGACGAAUUUAGCGAAACUUCAAGUAUAGCGUGAAAUUGAGAUCUCGACAGUGACCGUGAUACUACGUCAACAGUGACAACAAUGUCCGUAAUUAUGGAUUGUUUUCGUCAGUAGCGGACGCUACGCAUAAAGGUCUCUUGCUCCUUUUCCCAAAGCGGCUACUUCUCCCGCUGAGAAUUUUACGUCUCUCCAAACACCGUGAAAUCAUUCUUCCACAUAGCUGUGUGCGUGUUUUGUGCAACCCUCGCCGGAGAGACGAUAAUUCGAAUCGUAGAGAAUCCGAGAAAGAGGCGAGAGCCUUUGUCUCUUGGUGAGUUUGACGCGUCGUUUGUUUCCUCCUCGUUCGGUCUCGCUUGCUCUCGUUUCAUCUUCGUUUAUCCGUCUCUCUCUAUCACGUAGCGCGUAAAGUGUACGAAGACAAGGAUUAGCUUGCAAUCCUGUGGGAAUCCUUAUCUCGCGUUUAAAGAGUCCGUUCUAGAACUCUAUCACCUUUCCCCAAAUCCUUGAUUAGCUAUCUGUAAUGUGCAAGUACAGUAAACAAGGUGGGAAGAUCUCAACGUCGACGAUUAAUCUCGUACACUCGAAAAGGAAAGGAAUCUUCAUAUACAUAAAAGAGAUGCCCAACGACUUGAUAAGUCUUCGAAGUCGAAGAAGCUUCUUGACAUUUCGCUUAUACUGAACGGCUUGGGUGUAAGAAAUUCUGAGAAAACCGAUCAAGAUUCGCUUGGCUAGCGAGCAACAACAAGGGCUCUUCAGAUCACGGAAUGUCAACAUUGUAAGGCAGGUGACCUGAUCAAGGAGACUAAAUACAAUUUCCAGCUCGGGGCUCAGUUGUUUACAUAAUCAGAAUUAUCACGGUUAUUGUCAUCAUGAAGUUGCUGGAGAAUACACGUUUUGAAGCUUUAAACAGUGCCUUGUCCAUCGAGACUGGAGAUAGCAAGAUAAUUGCAAGGAUCGAGAGUUACUCUUGCAAAAUGGCAGGCAAUGAUAAACAGAUGUACAAACGAUUCAAUGCAGAAGAGGGAGUUACGCCGCACGAUUUGCAAGCUUUAUCACCACCGCAGACGUUUUUGGGAACCUCUCCAGCUCAGGGAUACUUGAGUCGUAGUAUCUCUGGCGACGAAGAGGGAGCGACUGCGCUGUGUGACACUAUCAAUAGAAAAACGUUGUUUUACUUAACUACUACAUUAAAUUCAACUUUUAAUCAGGACUACGAUUUCUCGGAUGCCAAGAGCGAAGAGUUUAGCAAAGAACCGAAUUUACAAUGUGUAAAGAACGCGGUACAAAGCCAUCUCAAUGCUACUGCAAAUGAUCAUUAUCGCGAUUUGCAUGAUGCUCUGUGGGCGGCCAUCGACGAAGAGAUAUCAUUGAAGGAAUGUGAUAUCUACAGUUAUAAUCCGGAUUUUGCGUCAGAUCCAUUUGGGGAAGAUGGAUGCCUGUGGUCCUUUAAUUACUUAUUCCACAACAAAAAGCUAAAGCGUAUUGUAGUUUUCACCUGCAGAGCGAUAAACCCUCUCUACAUACCAGAUUCCGGAGUUGGUAGUGACUUCGCUAUGGACGAAGAUGAUGAGGAUUGUUAUUAUUAAAAAUCAAAUGUGUAUAUGUAUAUAUAUAUAUAUAUAUACACACACAAAUGCAUAUAUGGUUGCAAUCCCUAUGAGUCUACGAUUUUCUGUAGGCAUACAAUGGCAAAUAAGUACUCGUUUAUUCCCAACUCUACGUAACUUUGAAUUCUAGUAUUAUCCUACUAUAAUUUUCCUAAUAAGUUGGUUAGAACGCUUUUUUUAAAUACAAAUACGCAAGAAUUUAGAAUUUCUGUCUUAUUACUAGAGUAAGUAAUAAGUCACUUUACUGCAAAAGUUUUUAGAAGAUAAACAUCUUACUUUCAUAGUUUAUUAAAAGAUAUUGACCUUUAAUACCUUUUAACGAAAUCUCUGUGAGAAAGAAUAAUUUUUUUUUUUAUAUAAGAAGUAGAUGCACAUAUCCUAGAUAUAUAUUAUCUCUUUAUGUGUGAAAAUUUUAUGAAUUUAUUAGCAUAAACUAUAAGGAUUCUCUCCUCUGUCUUUGUAAUAUCAUUAUGUUAUUACUCUGAAAUACAACAAUUGUAUUCUAAACAUUUAUUUUGAAAGCAAAAUGUGUGUGCGUAAUAAAACCCACUGUUAUAUAUAUAUAUAUAUAUAUAUAUAAUUUGAGUAACAUGAAUCACUAUUUACAAUUUUAUAUAACAAUUUUUAUAUUAUUUUCAUAUUAUUUAAAUAAGACAUUAUUAAAUUGAAAGUAUAUAUAUUCUUCCUCUUUCUUUUUGGUUUAUUCGUUUAUUCAAUCUUCCAGUCAUUAUUAAUAACAAAUAUUAAAAUAUUACGAAAUAUUCUCAAUUUAAGAAAUAUUAGAGAUUUCUAAAAAUUAGAUUAAAAGAGGAUUAAUAAGAUUAAAGAAUCUUGAAAAAUAUGAAUUGCUUGCGCCUCUUCUGGUUAUACAUGAUCAGUAACAUUUAUUCAGAAAAAAAAACUAGAUCUAGUUACACAAGAUUGCGUACUUGCAAUCACAAAAUAACCAACAAUCUAAAUAGCUGCUAAACUUGUUUCAUUAUCUUAUCACAGUUGCAUAUGUUUCAUGUUCUAAUAUUUGAGUGUAUAUAUUUCAGAAUGUACAUAUAUUUUUAUCUGAAUGUCAAACGGCACAGUAAAACAUAGAUAGAGACAUUCUACUGAAAGAUUAGGUUAAAUCUGUUUUGAAAACUCAAUAUGCUCCGAUUUCUGGUAUGUAAACAUCCAUGUACAUAUAUGAUGAUUCUUGCAGUUUUUAAAAUGCAUAAUAAUGACUUGCAGAUUAGUCUGAGUAUUGGAGUGUACGCCGGUAUAUAUAUAGCGCAAAACUAUGAGGUAUGCUAUAUUUGAUAAAAUAAAAAGCUAUUCUUAUAAUUGAUUUGUCGAUUUAAAUGGAAUUACAAAUCGCUGUCAGUACUUUUUUUUUCAUAUGUAAUAUAGAAUUUUUGAUAUGGUAAGUACUUUGCCAUUUCACAAAAUUGAUUUGUUUUUCAAUACUAUGUAGGUCCCACGUGUGGAUGAGCCAGCAAAACUAUAUCAACGAGUAGUUCAGUUUUUAGAAGAAAAUAAGAAGAAGCCAUAGUAUAGUUUUAUAUUUCUCCUAAGUGCAACCACUUCCAAUAUGAGAAGAAAAAAUGUAUAUGCCAUAUUAUUGAUACAAUGUAACUAAUAUUUAUCUAUACCUUCCAAAUAUCAUUAUAUUUGUAUAUAUAUGUAUUCAUACUAUGUACAAAGAGACAGCCACUUAUUUUUCCAUA